GCAGGAAAAUGUCGAGCAUUCCUAGCACGGAUUUAUCCGGGCUGGGCUGGGAUGAGCGCUUUGCUAUCCCCGAGCCCAACGCUGAAAACAAGGCUUUGAUGGAGGAGAUUCGUAAAAAAGAGACGGAGCUGGCGCACCUGGGAAGCAAACUCGAGCAAAACAAGUAUGAAAAGCAGUUUAAGACUGAAUUCCUCAAAAAUGGUAAACAAGAGCUGGAAAAUACUGAGGCUCUGUGUAAGGCCAAGGAAAGAGAAGAAGAGUUGGAGAAACACCUCACAGCCCUUGCAGAGAGGGAGACCGGUCGCCUGGCACAGGAGACUGCUAAGAUGGAUAAUGAGCUUCGAUCUUUAGCAGAGAGGAGAAACAUGCUAGAGAACCACAUUUUCAAGACCAAACAGAAGCUUGAGGAGUUUAGGAACCAGAUGAACUGGGACAAGCAGACCAUGGAUGCCUUUCUGAAGGAGGCAGCGCACAAAGAUGAGGACACAAUGGCCAUCAUCAAGUAUGCCCAGCAAGAUGAGCAGAGGAUCAAGUCACUCACUCUCGCUAUAGAGAAGAAGACACUGGAAGCCAAUGUAAAGCAGAAAGCACGUGACAAGGAGUUGACUGAGACUAUAUCUGCACAGAUUGCUUUGGAUAAGACUACAGAGAAUUUGCAGCAGGCCCACCUGGAGACACAGCAGCUCAUCCACCAGUGGGAAAACACCAUCAAGCAGAUGAAGCAGCGUGACGCUGAGAUGCAGCAGUGUGCACUGCAUCUUGCCCAGGCCAACCAGAACAGCAGGGAAAGGAAUGCCACCAUUACAGAGAGGAAGCACUUGCUGGACACUCAGAGGAACAACAACAAGGAAACUGAGAGGAAGAUAACCAUGGCCAACCGACAGGCUGUAAAACUGCGGCAGGGUUUGAAGGAGCAGGAGAUUAACUGCAGCAGGCUGGGAGAUGAGCUGGAUAGUUGCAAGGGUACACUGGACAGAGCAACCUCCGAUGUGGAGUCUGUCACGUCCAACAUAUCCAGAAUGAAGAAAGACAUCCAGGAUAACAACAACAAACUCAAGGAGGCCAGGGUGUACAAUUCUGCGCUGGAGGAGAAACUUAAAGUUGUAACUCAGACUGCCCUUAGUGAGGAGGAGAGAGCUGCCCAGAUGGACCAGUUUCUCAAGGAUGAGGAACAGGCGAUCAAGGAGCUGGAUGUCCAGCUGCAUGACUGCAGAGAGGAGCUGUUUCAUCGUAGAGAGCAUCUGCAGGCCCUAAAGACAAAGGGGACGGAUUCUGUCGCCCACGUUUCGAGGAGCAAAUCCACUAUCACCAGCCUGGACAGCCAGCUAAGAAAACUGGAGAAGGACUUCAUAAGACAGCAGAUGACUAUUAGUGGGCAGGACUCCAAGAUCAUCUCCCUGGGUAAAAAACUGGCACGGCUGCAAGGUGACAUUCACUCAGAUGAAAAACAGAUGCUAGACACAAAGAUCGCUGAGUUGACCAAAGCACUAGAGGAGAAGAAGGAGACAGCCACCAUGCUAACAAACACACUCAAGGAGUCUGAGGAUGAUAUUCGCUUUUUGAAGAAAGAAAUGGAAAAGUCAGACGCUCAAAAGAGAGAUCUGACUGAGAAGGCAGAGGUAUUAAUGCUACUCUGUAAUACCAAUGAAAAGGAGCUGAAGAGACUCCGACUCAGGAAACAGGACAACAUGGUGGAGCAUAACAUCUUGAAGAUAGAGGUCAAGCGUAUUAGAGAUCUGCUGUACAACAAGACGGACACUGUGCUGUCUUUGGAGAAGAGGAAGCUGGAGCUGCAGAAAGCCAUAAAGGAGAGGGAGGAUGAGAUCAAGGUCUACAAAGAGAUGUUCAGCCAGCAGCUCAAAAUCAGUGAGCAGGAGAGACAGAAACUCAGUGUUGAACUGAAUGAGAAACUGUCCAAGAUCGACAUGAUGAAGAAACGUUUUGAGGUCCUGACACUUUCAAUGGCAGCUCCUGAGGGAGAGGAGGAGAAGUCGCAGACUUACUAUAUCACAAAGGCUGCACAAGAGAAAGAGGAGCUCAAGCGGAAGGGAGACGGUCUAGAUGCAAAAAUACGCAAGAUGGAGCUGGAAAAUAAAGCUCUAGAGAACACCAUCCAGUUGUUCAACAACAGUAACUCAGCCUUUCGCAAAUCCCUCAACAAAGUAAAUGAAUCCAGUCCAGAAUACCAGGAAAAACUGAAGUUAGAAGAGCAGCUGAGGGUGGCUGAAGAGACACUGAAGUACAAGAAAAGACAGGUCCAAGAGCUCCAUCAGGACUUACAGGACAUGAACAAUACCAUGGAGAGUCUGCUGCAAGAAGAGCAGGUGGAGAAAGAUAAGAUAGAGCACAAACAAUCCCUCAUCAGUAAACUGAACAAAGAAAUCACUUCCCAGCAAGAGAAAAUUGAGAGAGCAGCAAAACAGUGCUCUAAGCUGACCAAAGAGAUCCGCUCAGCAAAAAACACCAAGACUGAGACCUUUGAAGAGAAGGACAUUAAGCUGAGGGAGUUAAAAGAAUUCAACAAGAGCAUCGAUAAGAUGCUGAACGAGGCCAUGGAGGACAAGCCUGAUCUCAGAUUAGUGCUGGAGAAUUACUUCCUGCAGGCCAAUCUGUCUCUUCCAUCUCCUUCUUCCACUCCGACCAGCCACCGGAGCUCCAAGACAAACUCUGCGCGCAGCUCUGCCUCUCUCAGGUCUCCUGCAUCCUCAGCCAGCAGCAGCCCAAGGGCCUCUGCCCUUCAUUCCCCCGUGCUGAAGACUCUGGAGCUGGGCUUGGAUCUGACUGUGACCUACCUCCACAAGCAGCAGCAGCAGGAGCAGCAGAAAUCGUUCCACCCUGGAUAUUUCUUCGAAGAACUUAUGUACUGUCGUUUGUACACCACACCCUUUGACUAG